CAUUUUUGUUUGUGUUGUUUCCAGAUUCCUGCGGUAGUUUGAGAUCCUUGACGGAUUCCCAAGGCAACAUGGCUCCUAAAGACAUCAUGACCAACUCGCAUGCCAAAUCCAUCCUCAAUGCAAUGAACUCACUACGCAAGAGCAACACGCUCUGCGACAUCACUCUGAGGGUGGACAGCACAGACUUUCCAGCUCACCGGAUCGUCCUGGCCGCCUGCAGCGACUAUUUCUGUGCCAUGUUCACCAGCGAGCUUGCAGAAAAGGGGAAAUCGUUUGUCGACAUUCAGGGACUCACUGCAUCGACUAUGGAGAUCUUGUUGGACUUUGUGUACACAGAGACGGUUCUUGUCACAGUGGAAAACGUGCAAGAACUGCUUCCUGCAGCAUGUCUGCUGCAACUUAAAGGGGUGAAAAGGGCGUGCUGCGAUUUUCUGGAGAGUCAGCUCGAUCCGUCCAACUGCCUGGGGAUCCGCGACUUCGCCGAAACUCACAACUGCCUUGACCUGAUGCAGGCCGCCGAGCUCUUUUCCCAGAAGCAUUUCUCCGAGGUGGUUCAGCACGAGGAGUUCAUGCUCUUGAGCCAGACAGAAGUCGAAAAGCUCAUAAAGUGUGAUGAAAUCCAGGUGGAUUCAGAGGAGCCUGUUUUUGAAGCCGUGUUGAACUGGGUCAAACACAACAGGAAAGAGCGAGAACCGUACCUCCCGGACAUGCUGGAGUUUGUCCGCAUGCCGCUCCUCACCCCCCGCUACAUUACCGAUGUCAUCGAUGCCGAGCCUCUCAUUCGAUGUAGCCUGCCUUGUCGAGACCUCGUUGAUGAGGCCAAAAAAUUCCACUUAAGACCGGAGCUGAGGAGUGAGAUGCAGGGUCCUCGCACACAAGCCAGAUUAGGUGCCAAAGAAGUCCUGCUGGUUAUAGGUGGGUUCGGCAGCCAGCAGUCUCCAAUAGAUGUUGUAGAGAAAUAUGAUCCCAAAACCCAGGAAUGGAGCUUUCUACCUAACAUCGCCCGUAAAAGACGCUACGUCGCCACAGUGUCUCUACACGAUCGAGUUUACGUCAUCGGGGGCUACGACGGCCGGUCGAGGCUCAGCUCUGUGGAGUGUCUGGACUACACAGCCGAUGAAGACGGUGUUUGGUACACCGUCGCCACCAUGAACGUACGCCGCGGUCUCGCUGGAGCCACGACUCUAGGAGAUAUGAUAUAUGUUGCUGGCGGCUUCGAUGGCAGCCGACGACACACCAGCAUGGAGCGAUACGAUCCGAAUAUCGACCAGUGGAGCAUGCUGGGAGAUAUGCAGACUGCUAGAGAGGGAGCUGGUCUGGUGGUGGCCAGUGGGCUUAUAUAUUGUCUCGGUGGUUAUGAUGGCCUAAAUAUCUUAAACUCAGUGGAAAGAUAUGACCCUCACACAGGCCACUGGACUAGCGUGACACCCAUGGCCACGAAGCGAUCAGGGGCUGGUGUGGCGCUACUGAACGACCACAUUUAUGUUGUGGGAGGGUUUGAUGGCGUUUCACACCUCGACUCGGUGGAGGUUUACAACAUCAGGACAGACUACUGGACCACUGUGGCCAGUAUGACGACUCCUCGGUGUUACGUGGGCGCAACCGUCCUCAGAGGACGACUCUACGCCAUCGCCGGAUACGAUGGAAACUCCCUCCUCAGCAGCAUCGAAUGUUAUGACCCGGUUAUCGACUCCUGGGAGGUCGUCACCUCCAUGGCAACCCAGAGGUGCGACGCAGGAGUCUGUGUUCUGCGGGAGAAGUAACCCUGCGUCCGCAACAAUGAGGACGAGAACAGAACAGGCAGCUAAGACUCUAUUGAAAAUGUCGCUACAAAGUAGAACCACAGAGGAAGGAUGCUAAUUUGCCCGAAUAUGCAAGCUGGUUCUGUGAACUGAAGGGUUAAUCACCAGUCGGACCGUUGCUAUGGAGAUUGAGCCUUACUGUGGUAGACUUCGCAUCACUUCCAAGGAGCCCAUGAUGGCUUGCAUGACUCUACGGUGGUGUCUGUUGUCACGUGAGAUUAUUUUUUCAGAACAUUUUCCAAGUGCAAUAUAUUUUUAUCCAUCAAGAAGAAAACGAUGGAGCGGAUUAAGACUUUACGUGCUGCUAUAUGCCUUAUGACUUUCACCUGCAUCAAACAUGUUGCCUCCCAUCUGACGGAAAUUACAUUGUCUUAUUAUGGAGUGAACUGAUUCAGCAUAUGCAUGCUCAUCAGUGAACAAUAAUAACAGGACUUUUGAAUGGAAAUCGCUUUAACACAGAUUUUAUUUCUUUCAAUCAUAUCAUAUAUAAAGAUGAACAUUGUUUUAGAAAAAAACUGAACUGUGCUUCAUGAUUUGUAUUUCCCUCCAAUUUGAAAACAUUGAGAUCAAGGUUUCAAGUAUCAGAUGAAAGGGGUUUCUUUGUGUUUUUUUUUUUUUUUUCCCCUCAGAAAAUGGAUUAAGGCAAACUUGUAGGAUGCAACGCCUGAAUGUCACUGUUGUCUGAAAACUAAAAUAAAAGCUCUCAGAAAUUAGAGACUUGAGUGACAAAAUGUUUCAUGAUUACAUCACAUAGUGGCUGCAUCCGAACUUUCGCCCUAAUCACUAUAUAGGGCACUACAUAGGGAUUCUGCCAUUUUAGAUGGGUGUCCGAACAUCUAGUGGAUGAAAAGUAGUGGACACUAAAUUUCCCAUAAUGCUCCUUAAAAAGUAGUGAAUAUUUAUGGUCACUAGAUGUGUAGACAUAUCCCAGAUUGCUUUGUGAGAGCUCUACUCGCAAAGCAUCAUGGGA